AUGAGUUGCUCAUCGUCUUGCCAGACAUCCAUAUCGAGGCUCGGACAAAACUCUAGUCAUUCCAUCCUCAACAGCACUGAGGAGGAUGUUUUGGAAGAUGCCGAGAUUUUGGAUAUCCCAACAACCAGACUAAUCAUGAAGAUCCUCAUGUUUGCAGUCACUCCGGGCAUUGGGGUCCUAGGGAUCAUCGGAAACACUUUGAGCAUCAUUGUCAUAAAAAAACACGGCUUCAAGAAGAGCUCCAACAUUCUUCUCUUCAGCUUGGCCAUAGCGGACAUCGUCUUCCUUGUGGCUUUCAACAGCAUCCCAAAGAUCAUCUACGAGACCUCCUACGUCCGAGGUUACGACGGGUUCUCAGAAGAGGAAUCUUGGGUUCUCAUCGUAUUUUACUCUAUUUUUAUGUCCCUAGAUUUUUCCUCCUCCCUGGUGUCGCUCCUGAUGCCGAUGUGCAUCACCCUGGAGAGGCUCAUCGUUAUCUUUCUUCCUCUGCACGCAUUUCGCAUCGUAACUCCAAAGAGAACUUGGUGCGUCGUCAUCAUCCUGGUCCUGUAUUCGCUGUCACUGUUCGUGUAUCCAAUGGCUUGGUUUGAAUUGCAUUAUGUUUGGGAUCCGAAAUACAACAGAACUAUUGGAUAUCGGGAGUUCUCUUCAUUACGAGAUCGAGAUGCCAACAUUGUCAAAGUUAUUGACGAAAUCAGCGUGUACUCCAUAGUUGUGGUGCCGCCUCUCUUUACAGUCGUUGGCUGUGUUAUUAUAUUCAUCAAGAUAAAGAUUGUUUCUUUGAAAAGGACUCAGAUGACCUCAAAGGAAGUGUCCACCAAUCGAACAACGAAGAUGCUUCUCGCCGUCUGCGCGGUGUAUACGGUCACGUGCGCUAUACUGACCAUCCCCAUCAACAUACCGGUCAUCUCGUAUGGUCCAUUCUCUGAGGUCCACCCGUCCAACAUCGCCAUCGUGAUGUACCAGGUCAUGAAUCUAGCCAUCUGCAUCAACAGCUCCUGUAACUUUAUCAUCUAUGUUGGUCUGAACAAGACUUUCAGAAAGACAUACAACCAAAUCUUCUGCUCCAAGUCGUCUGCUUCGGAUAAGUCGUUUUCAAUGCAAGGCAAGUACACGGCCAGCAACCUCUCGACAUCUGCAGUGGCCUCGCAGUCCUCUCAAAUGUCGUCUGUCGAUAUGGACGACGAUGAUGAGCUCUAG